UCUCGAAACCCUAGCAGGUCUAUCAAAAUUUGUAUUCAAAAUUCAAAAGACCCCCGCCCCCAAAAAACAAUGAUUGUCCAAUGCAAGCCCAUUGACCCCGUCAACACCUUGAACUACCUCCUCAAGAAGCACAAAAUCAUUCCGCGCCUCUUGAAGUGCAAGCCGCGGGGCGUCAUCGACCUCUUGUAUCCCUGCAACACCGAGAUUAAGACCGGCAUGCAGGUCAUCAUCAGCGAGGUGAUCAAGGAGCCCAUCAUCCGGUAUCGUGCCGAUCCAGAGAAGUACUACACCCUGAUCAUGGUUGAUCUGGACAUACCCAUGAAGAAGGACUACCUCAUCUGGAUGGUGGGCAACAUCCAGGGCUGUGAUGUGGUGCCGGGACAAACCCUGGUGCCGUACAACAAUCUACGUGGCCAGGAGGGAGACCCCGUGCAUCGAAUCGUCUUUCUGGCCUACCAACAGUACCUCGAGUUGGACUUUUACGAACAGGACAUACCCAGUCCCGAUCCCGAAUCUCGGGCGAACUUCAACUGCGCCGAGUUCGCCCGGAAGUACGCUCUGGGGAAUCCCAUAGCCUGUAAUUUCUUUUGUGCGCUGUGGGAGUGGGGCUGGUCGUCACUUUUCGCCUCCGGGGAGGUUGGCUUGUAAACUAUGUGAUUUUCAGGGGGUUUCUGGAUUUUAUUAAAAAAAAUACUCUUUUUUGAAAA